AUGGCGAUAUCAUUCUGCGCAAAGAGAAUUAAAAUUCUAAAAAGUUAUUCCUUUAACAAACUGACAGCUCGUAAUAAUGGAUUUAUUAUACUUCUUCCAGAAAUUGGGGAAGAUCUACCCGAAAAAGAUCCUCUUAUCAAAGCGGAUGGAUUCCCAGAGUUUAAUACCUUCUCAGUGGAGCGUGCCAUGGCUGCCGUAGGCAAGGAAACCACCACUUACGAGCAGGAGCUGUUGCAUGUCAGGUUGCAUACGACUUGGAACAUCACCAAGGCGCUUUACUUCGGCAACCAGAGCCUCAUGCCGACCCAGUACUACGAGUCCAUCCACACUACCAUGGCGAAAGCAAACUCCAUGCCCCACAUGAGUGUCCCGUUGUACAAAGCUUGGAAGAAAGCUCUGGAGAAUCCAGACAGCAAUCUUACACCGGCUCAGCAAAAAAUCAUCGAGAAGCACGCUCUGGAGGGCAGGUUGAACGGUCUGGACCUCGAAAGAAAGAAGCGGGAUCGUUUUACGUACUCGAAUAUUAAAAUCAACCAGAAGAGGAACGACUUUGCUCAGUGUAUUAAAUUCGCGACUAAGAUGUUCCGCACGACCAUUGACAAUCCUCAUAUAUUUAAGGAAUUCCCGGAGGAGUUUUUGAAGUUCACGGCUGUUAAUCCCAAUGAGUAUGAAAAGGUAAGCCGCGGAGCGCAGCGCGGCGAGAACACCCUGCGAACCAGCUCCACCCUCGAAGACAUCCGUGACCAUAAAAUGGAGCAAGCAAAACUCCUGGGCUACAAAUCCUUCUCCCACAUGAGCAUGGAGACCAAAAUGGCGGGCAGCCUAGAGAACAUCUACCGAGUGAUGGACAACCUCCUGGAGAUAGCUCGCCCCGCUCAAGAGAAAGAAUUCUCAGAGCUGACCAACUUCGCGAAAGACCGCGGAUUUACCGGCGAGCUGAUGGCCUGGGACAUCGACUACUGGAGCCGAAAGUACGCCAAGAGCGUGUACAACUUCAACGAGGAAGCUACCAGAGAUUACUUUCCCCUCCCACAAGUCCUAAAAGGUCUCUUCCAAUUGAUAGAAGAUUUAUUUGACGUCCGGAUCGUCGAAGCUCCAAUAAAGCCCGACGUGUGGCAUGCAGACGUAAGAUUCUUCGAAGUGUACGACCUGGCUGCCCAAUCGCCGGAACCAGUCGCUCAUUUUUAUUUAGACCCUUACGAGCGAGGCCGCAAGAUGGUCGCAGCUAAGACAGCUUCCUGGGCAGUUCCCAUCCAGCCGAGGAGUUUAGUCGCCGAGAAGAAGCCUCUAGUGGCGCUGAUCUUCAACUUCAAGCCUCCGGUAGGUGACAACCCGUCGCUGCUCACCUUCCAGGAUGUCACUUAUUUAUUUAAACAAGUCGGUCAUGCUCUGCAGCAUCUUUUGACCAAGGUUGACUACAGCAUGGUCGGAGGCACCAACUCCGUCCAGUGGGACGCUGUGGAGGUCAACAGCAAUGUCUUCGGCAACUGGCUCUACGAACCAGAGGUGCUAAAUUCCAUUUGCAGGCACCACAAAACGGGUGAGUCGAUGCCAGCUGACCAGCUGGAGAGCAUCCAUCAGAUGCGCAGGCACAUGGCGGGUUAUAAACUCUGCAAGGAGCUGUAUUUUGGAAGGCUUGACCUGGUCCUUCAUGAGGUUCCGGACUUUUGGGUUCCAAUUGUCGCUAAAUUGUAUAAACAACACUUUGUCUUUCCCCUGGAUAAAAUGGACUCGCAUUUGACAUCCUGGAGCGCGAUUUUUUCAGAAAACAUGGGCGCUGCUUAUUACAGCUACCUUUGGGCAGAAAUGCUCGCUGCUGAUGUCUACAGUGCCUUCCAGGAAAUCCCAGCUGGUGAUAAAGACCUCAGGAAACAAACUGGAGCUAGGUUUAGGGAGACUUAUCUCUCCUUGGGUGGUAGUGUUCAUGCUAGUCAAGUUUUUAGACAGUUCCGCGGUAGAGACCCUAAUUAUGAGGCUUUGUUGAGAAAUGUUGGGUUGAAAGAUAAUGAAGUUGAUGAUUGA